GACGAUUAGUACAUAAAAUGGUGAAGACACGAAAAUAUGUCGUGAAAAAAUAUUUUGAGGGAAUUCCAAAACGUGAUGAUUUCGAAAUUGUAGAAUGUGAGUUGCCUUCACUUCAGGAUGGUGACGUUCUUCUCAAGACUGAGUGGAUCAGCGUUGAUCCAUACUUGAGAUUGUAUAACAAGAUGUAUCCUUUACCGUUUGACCAGUUCUCGCCUCAAGUAGCUACGAUAGAAGAGUCUAAGCAUCCUGAAUAUCCAGUUGGUACAAAACUACUUACAUACAAGGGGUGGUGUGAAUAUUCCAUCUUUAACAUGAAUGCUCCUAAAAUUGAUCACAGUGGAAUAGUGCGCAGGGUACCAGAUUUGAACGGUUUAUCGAGUUCCUUAGGCGUUGGAGCAAUGGGUCCUUCAGGUUUAACAGCAUAUUUUGGGUUACUUGAAAUAUGCAAGCCAGUUCCUGGUGAAACAGUCGUAGUCACUGUUGCAGCGGGCGCUGUAGGAUCCAUAGUCGGUCAAAUCGCUAAAAUAAAAGGAUGUAGAGUAAUUGGUUUCACAGGUUCAGAUGAAAAAGUCAAUUGGCUGGAAAAGGAGCUAGGCUUCGAUAAAGCGUUCAAUUACAAAACUGUUGAUAUUGAAAAGUCUCUCAAGGAAGCUGCACCGAAAGGCAUAGAUUGCUACUUCGAUAAUGUCGGGGGUGAAAUGAGCAGCAUUAUCAUCAGUCAAAUGAAUAACUUUGGAAGGGUUUCUAUAUGUGGCUGUGUUAGUGUAUACAAUGAAGAAUUAACACAGCUACCGAAAGCUACCGUUAUUCAAGUAGCUGCAGUGACUAAGCAAUUGAAAAUUGAAGGUUUUCUAUGUGACCGCUGGGAGAGUAAAUUUCCUGAAGCAUAUAAAGAGCUACAUCAAUGGAUAAUAUCUGGAAAAAUUAAAGUUCGAGAGCACGUGACGGAGGGUUUUGACAACAUUUUUGAUGCAUUUUUAGGGUUGUUUAGUGGUGAAAAUAUCGGUAAAGCAGUAGUUAAACUAUAGUUAUCUUAUGCAAAUUAAAAUAUUACUUUUACUCAAAUGUGUUUAUAAUUUUAAUGUAUACUUCGUAAACAAGAUAUAACCUAAUUAUCUAAAACCCGAAAUCUAAUAUAUUUUUUUUAAACUAAGUACUUAUUUCAAAAUGGAAGUCCUUACAAUAGGAGACCUGCAGUGAACGUCCAUCGCCAAAAAAUUAAGAUGAUGAUGAUGAAACUGAUGUAGUGUACAGGUGUAGUUUACAGCUGUUAUUAUAUAAUUUGUUUUAGUAGAGAUUUAAUAAUUACUUAUUAUGCUAAUAAAAAUACCGAAAAUACAGGUAACCUAUUGAAUCUAUAAGUAUACAAUAUAUAUAUUAUAAAACAAAGUCCUCCGCCUCGUCUGUCUGUCUAUAUUCUGUAUAAUCUAUCUGUGAUUCGCGAUAAACUUGAAAACUACUGAUCGGUUUUUCAUCCUGUUUUCACCAAUAAAUUGAUUCAUUUGGAAAGUUUAAGGUAAUAUAAUAUUGAGGCCUAUGUCGAAGGACAAUCUGCUAAUGAAUAAGAAUUAUGUAUAUACUUAAAAAUGUCAAUGCAACUAACCAUCAGUAAUAAAGGCUAAUUUUAUUUUAUUUUUAUUCAUGAAGGACUAGCUGACGCUGCGUGGUUUCACCCGCGUAGUUGCUGUUCCCGUAGGAAUAUGGAGAUAAUAUAUAGUCUAUAGCCUUCCUCGAUAAUUGGGCUAUUUAACACUGAAAGAAUUUUUCAAAUCGGAUUAGUAGUUCCUGUGAUUAGCGCGUUCAAUCAAAAAAACAAACAAACUCUUCAGCUUUAUAAUAUUAGUAUAGAUUCCACGCAGAUGAAGUCGUGGGUGUCCGUUAGUAAUCUAAUAAAAUACCGUUUUAUUAACUUUUUUUCACUAAGUAGGUAUUCAACUUGAUAAGUGUUAUCAUAAUCAUUCGGUCUGAACUUUGCACUACGGCAAGAUAACUUUACCAGAGCUAUCGUCGAUUGUUUAUUUUAAGUUACAAUGUUGGAUGACUUAACAGUUUUACAUUUAUUAAAUUACUACAAAUUAUUUUAGUAACCUAUCUAUACUAUAUAAAAAAUCUACAACAAACCUCAUAAUAGUCUAAAAGAGAACCCUGCUGGCCUAUUCACUAUUUUGGUCUUUAUUAUCAACCUAUUAAAAUAAACAACAAAUCAAUUGAGAAAAUAGAUCAUCUACCUACUGAAUGUUAUCCACCAGUAAGCACCGGAUGACAUUUGAUACAAUAAAAAUGAAUAAAAUCUCAAUUUCGUAUAUUAUGUCGACUAGCAUAUGUCAAAGAUAGUGAAUUAGCCUGUUGGUCAAUAUUUGAAUGUUUUUAGGUAUAAUAUAGUUAUUUAAACAUAUUUGAAUGUAGGUAUUUAUAAUAAAGUUAUUUAUCAAAUAAAGUUAUUAUUACAUCCGAGAUUAUUUUAUGGACGUGGAUAAUGGAUAUGGACAUUCAUUCAAUCAAUCAAUCAAUCAAUCAAUUUUAUUUCGCCAGAAUAUGGUACAUUUACAUAGGUCUUAUAUUAUAUUUUAACACAUAUCCUGCCAUAGUUGGCGUGCAAAAGUUAACAGAUCAUACAAAUUAAUUUACAAAUUACAAAUUUACAAACAAUAAAAAUAAAACAAAGUUCAAAUUAAUUAAUUAAUUAACAUUAAUGUUAAUAUAAAUGUCAAUAAAAAAUGUCAAUAUAAAUGUCACUUUUAUGGUCAAUGUCCCUAUUUAAGUUUUUCAUUCAUGUAAUCAUUGACGCUAUAGUACAACUUUUUCAUUAAUAAAUCAAAUAAUGUCUUCCUAAAUUUAUUUACAGCUAAUUUUUUUAUGUAUUCAGGUAGGUGAUUGAAUAAAGUUACCGCCAUGCAGUAUACAUUUUUGCUGGUAACUUUGUGCCUCUGCAUACAUAGCUUGUAUUUGUACCUGGUGUUCAAAUUUUUUAUUGAUCUAUAGCUUAUAAAUUGUUCUGGAUUUUUUUUUACAAACAUACACAUUUCGAAAAUAUAUAAGCUAGGUAGUGGCAAUACUUUUAAAGAUGUGAACAGGGGUCUGCAGCUGUGGAGCAUAUCCACACCGAAGAGUGCCCUGAUACAUUUCUUUUGUACUCUAAAUGCUCUAUCACAAUCUACCGAGUUUCCCCAAAGUAUCAGACCAUAUCUAAGCAGUGAAGACACAUAUCCAUGGUAGGCCAUCAGUGCGG